CCUAAGCGGAUUUGGUCGACACGUGUAUGUGUGGUUGAGAUACAGGCAGAAGACAUAGCUGCAGCUGCGAUUUCGAAUACGAAUACGUAUACGAAUCUGGCUCCGAUUCCGAUUUUGCCAAGUAGGAAAGUCGUGUAGAUUGGCGCGUGAAUUUAACGCUUGGCCUAGGUCACGUAUCGCACGUGUUUUUGACAGCAGGCAGGACCUCCCCCGCAGGAUCUCCCCCGCACUCCUCCACUUUUCGGCCAGUGUGUGUAUGCCUUUGAUUAAGUGUUCACCCUGCUUGUGUGCGGUUGACAUUCGAUUUACUUUCGCCAAGUUACCGGAAUAACAAAAAAAAAAAAAUAAGAACGAACGAACGAACACUUCCCGCAGACUUUUCGCCAGAUCCAAAAACCUCUUCCUCUGUGCGCAUAUGUGCGGUCGAUAUUUGCAUAAAUUACAACAAAAAAAACGAAGCCUAGUAGUCUCCAGCGUCCUCGACGUUGGCCUAAUGAGUUUUUAAUACUCUGACGCGCUACCCGAUUGUCUGUGUGCGAUAGAAAAAAAAAAAAAAAAGCACAAAGACGUUGAACAACAAAAACCCAUUGCCACAGGAUUUUCGGUUAAUUUAUUGAGCCAGCAACGAGUUUAGAACGUGUCCAGAGCAGACCGACAAAAAAAUUAGCCGCCAAAGAAAACUAAUUUGCACAUUGAAGUGAACUGAAACGUGGAAAGUUUGUUUUGGCUCUCUGAAAAGUUCGUGUAUUUUCGGAUUUCGAAAGACGACAGACACACAAACAUUUUUUGCUCCUCUAACGAGUCCCCGGCGAUUGUCUCGUCCUCCGAAAACUCAGCAAACUCCGCACACUCCGCAUUUCCCUGUCGAUUGGCCCGAGGCUUUCGGAGACAUUGCAUUAGUCAGCAGAUCCAGAUCGAGGAGUCCUAGUGUACGUGACUUGGCCUUUUCCAGCGCUCAAUCGAAAGAAUCCUCGCCGCCGAGCGAUAGGAAGACGCUCGCAAUGUUGCCGCAUCAUCAGCGCCGUAAAAUGGCGGCUUCGGCGGACAGCGCCAUCUGCUUCCUGAUCUUGUCGCUCCUGCUGAUUGCCGGCUGCCUGGUGGCGCCCACCGAGGGACGCGCCAAGGAGGACCGUCGCAACAGGGGGCGUGGCAGCAGCAGCAGCGGCUCGCUGGCCUCCUCCUCCUCCGCGAGCAACAUGAAUAAUGGAUACUACGGUGGCUCCUCGUCGUCGGGAGCGGGCUCAUCCUCCUCCGGUUAUGUGCUGACCAGCAGUAGUGCUUUGAAUUCCGGCAGCACUGGCUACAGUGGACCCAUGGACAGCACUGGAUUCUGCACACGCCGAAGGGACAUGAAGCUGAUGUGCUACUGUACCCCGGAUGAGAACCAUGUGCCGGUGCAGAAGGCCGAGUGCUGGGUUUUCUCGGAGGGAUUGCAUCAGAACGACACCACCUGGACGCGAUUCUACCAGCAGAAGCGUUUGCGCGAGCUGAAGUUCGUGAUCCAGAACAAUGCCCGAUUGGACUACAUACCCACCAUGAUUAUCGAACCGCUGAAGAACCUGAGCAGCAUUGUGAUCGAGUACUCCCAGGUGGAGAUUGUCAAGAGCUACGCGUUCGCCAAUCUGCCCUUCUUGGAGAAGAUCAUCCUGAACAACAACCACAUUAUGGCCCUCGAUCAGGAUGCCUUCGCCAAUCACAUUAGGCUGAGGGACCUGAAUCUGGAGCACAAUCAGAUCUUCGAGAUGGACCGCUAUGCUUUCCGCAAUUUGCCACUCUGCGAGCGACUUCAUCUGAACAACAAUAAUAUUAGUACCCUGCACGAGGGUCUUUUUGCCGAUAUGGCUAGGCUAACCUCACUUAACCUGGCCCACAAUCAAAUCAAUGUGCUGACCAGCGAGAUUUUCCGAGGAUUGGGUAACCUGAAUGUCCUGAAAUUGACACACAACAAUCUGAACUUUAUCGGCGACACUGUCUUUGCGGAAUUGUGGAGUCUCAGUGAGCUGGAACUGGAUGACAAUCGUAUCGAGCGAAUUUCCGAACGUGCUCUGGAUGGCCUGAAUACACUGAAAACCCUGAACCUGCGGAACAACCUGCUGAAGAAGAUCGACAACGGUCUGCUGCGGGGCACCCCCGCCCUGCUGUCCAUCAAUGUGCUGGCAAACAAAUUGGAAACGCUGACGUUCUACACAUUCCAGCCAAUUAUGGACAACUUGGUCAACAGCACCAGUGAGCUGCUGGUGUCAGACAACAAAUUCAUUUGCGACUGUCGUCUGCAGUGGAUCUUCGAAUUGAGAAAUCGCACACGUCACCUGCAGCUGCGUGACUCGCUGGAGGAGCUGCAGUGCACGCUGCAGGAGCCGAAGCUGUCGCACUUUGUGGACCCGGUGCCGCCGACCAUCCUGGACAUGCUGAACAUCGGGGGCUUCACGGCGAUUGGCAGCAACAGUGCCAGCAUGGGCGGCGUGGGCAACAGCGUGGUGGGCAGCAGCUACAGCGGCCUGACGCUGGACGACAGCCGGAAGCACUCGGCCAGCAGAUCGCGACAGGCGCUGCGCGGACAGCGGCAGUUCGCCGCCAGUGCGGAGAACGUGGUGGAGUCAAAGCUGAUGCGGCGGCGGCGGAAGCGGCAGCAGGAGGAGCUGAAGCAGCAGCAGAAGGACCUGGCAGCAGUGGCCCCGGCCCACAAGCGGUAUGACUACUAUGACGAGAACACCGGCGGCAUGACCCUGGGCCAUGGCCUCGAUCUGGACGACAAUCUGAGUCUGCACAAGCAGGGAUUCUACGGAGCUGGCUCCCCGCCUGUGGGCCACAACGAUGUGGAUGUGCUGAUGACGUCGCACGGCUCGUCGGGCGACGCCCUCGACAUCCUGACCAACAAGAAUGCGGUGUAUGUCAAGCUGUUCCUGCUGAAGCCCGAGAUGCUGCCCUGCCACGAUGAGCUGAGCGAUCCCACCGAGCUGCCCCUGUCCCGCGAUCUCAUGGAUGUGCGCAGCAAUGUGGGCCAGGAUAUGUCCACGGCAGGAUCAACAGGAUCAGGUCCUUUUUCCCUGGGCAUAACCAUCCUGGCUGCUCUUAUACUCACACUCAGCCGGGGUUGAAUCCUCCGAGGAGAGAGCAUGGCUGCCUAAUGGCAACCCCAAACGUUUGGUUCUACCAUGUUGUACAUACUGUCUUGGAGAUGUGGUGCCCUUGGGAAACGAGCUUCAACACGAAAGUAAACACGAAACAAGAAAGAUACCAGCUACAGUCCUGUAAAUAUGUAAAAAGGGGUAACGAAAUUCGAUAAAAUUACUACUAUAAACCUAGCUGAUAGCUGUAAUGAUAGACUCGACUUUUCAUCAAACAACUUCGGCAGCAGACUCAGAUUGAAAUACAGAAACCAAAACCAAAACCAAAACCAAAACGAACCCAAACAAAAA